AUGUUCGAGCUCGACGAUGAAUUGUCUGAAUACAUCAACCAUAUGUGGCUCAACGGCGACUCCCACGGCUACGCGGCGGAUACGGUGUCUGCCAUGGCGCGUUUUUGCCCAGGCGCACGUGCGGCGAUCCCCACAACCCGGCAGUACCUCAGGAAUUGUGAUAAAGUUUUAGUGCGUAAGCGCGCCUUCCCCGUCUUUAAAGAACUAGCUCGGGCCAUGGUUGGCGCUGCGCUUGCGUACGAUCGGGCGGACCUGGCGGCCCUCGUCCUCCAUGUCAUUAUCCAGGACACGGCGACCGUCGAAACGCUCCGUUCGGCCUCGGCCGGAGUGGGUUCGCAGCAGCCGGUCUACUCGAAAGUGCCAUCCCGGUUCUCUCUUGAAAAUAAAUGGCUCGCUGGCUCAUUCGGAGCGCAGGGUGACACCGUCACGCCGCGCGGGCUGCGUCGCGGAGGCGCUACCUGGCUGCGGCUUCUCACCGGGUCCUUGGACCGCGUCGCAGUCGCAGGUCGGAGGCAGGAAGCCCGCACAGCGCGAAUCUACAUCGAAACCGCCGCGGCCGAGAUGGGCAAGUGGCGCCACGGACCCAAGGCGGCGGAGCUCAUGCGAUCCGCGGGCUUGGCGCAGGGCGCGCAGCCCCCGUUGGCCGCGACUGCGGCGGCCAAGGACACCCGGGAUCGCGAGGGAGGCAACAGGAAACGUGAAAGAGUGAGGGGAACGCAGCGCAGCUAG